GCGCUGUCCGUCACGUGUUCUCCACGUCAUACGUCAGCACGUGCUGCCUGGGCGAGCACGUGAAGUACACGAAGAUUUUAAUGCGCGUUACUGUAACGUUAUUAUCCAGUAAACAGUGAAUCUGACGAAACGCUGUUAUAGAACUGUGACUUGUUUCUAAACGAUAUCGCGAAUAAAGGGCCAGAAGCGCCAUUCAGCCGGAGUCCAGCGAAAAGAGCCCGUGAUAAAACUUCAGCAGGACUGUGAUGAAUAAAGUCCGUCAAUAAAUAUAUUGAUGAUGGAUAAUCCUGAAGAAGAUUCGCUGAACCUGCACGAAGAUGAAGAAAUCAUCGAGGUUAUUGAUCUCAAUGACACAGAACAGACCGCAGAGGAUCUGGCGGAGGAGCUGGAGGAUGUAGAUUUCGCCGAGGCUGGGAAUGCGGAUGAUGACGGAUGGGAGACGGAGGAUGAGAUGGAGCCUGAGCAGGAUGACAGUGAACUGACCUUCUCCAAACACACGGGUUCUGUCUUUUGUGUUAGUUUGGACCCAGUGACCAACAGUCUGGCUGUCACCGGCGGAGAGGACGACAGGGCGUUCGUGUGGAGCGUGUCUGAUGGAGACGUGCUGUUUGAAUGCACGGGUCACAAGGAUUCUGUCACAUGCGCUGCGUUCAGCUGCGACUCCAAGCUGGUGGUGUCUGGUGAUAUGAGCGGUCUCAUUAAGGUCUGGAAAGUGGAGAACAAGGAGGAAAUAUGGUCUUUUGAAGUUGGAGACCUGGAAUGGUUGGAGUGGCACCCCUGCGCCCCGGUGCUGCUGGCCGGAACGGCUGAAGGGAACGUCUGGAUGUGGAAGAUCCCGAGCGGAGAGUGCAAGACGUUUCAAGGGCCCAACUGCCAGGCGACCAGCGGGAAGAUCCUUCCUGACGGAAAGAGAGCAAUUGUGGGCUACGAGGACGGAAGUUUACGUCUGUGGGACUUAAAACAAGGCAAUGCUGUUUAUGUAAUCAAAGGUCAUGAUGGUCAUCAGGGAGCGCUGACCUCUAUAGCGUGUAAUAAAGAGGGAACGCUGGCUCUGACGGGGUCAGUGGAUGGCCAGGCUAAACUCUUCAACACAUCCACAGGAAAGGUGUUAUGCUCAUUUUCCAAUGAAAACAGUGAAGCAAAAGACUCUAUGCAGGAGCAGGAUUCCAACUCUGUAGAAUCUGUGGGAUUUUGUAAUGUGUUACCCCUAGUUGCUGUUGCAUAUCUGGACGGCACCCUGGCCAUUUAUGAUAUGAAUUCACAGAGCCUCAGACAUCGGUGUAAACAUGAGGUGGGUGUAGUGCACCUGCAGUGGGAGGAGGCGUCUGCGGUCGUCUCCACCUGUAAUCUGGCCGGUGUGGUCACUCUGUGGGACGCCAGAUCAGGAGUCAUGAUGUCAGAGUACCGCGGACACUCGGCUGAGAUCCUCGACUUUGUGCUGAACAGAGACGCGUCAGUCGCUGUCACCGCCGGAGGAGACCAUAAAGCCAAAGUGUUCUGCCUGCAGAGACCCGACCGGUAGAGUCUGGAUCCCAUUAGACUUCAGUACCUCCCCAUUGACACACAAGUCUCCUUUAAACUGCAGCUUUUUAAAGAUUUGACAGAGCUGUGCUGAUCUGUCUUUAUCAUUCUUGUCAUGACUGUGUAAGUCUGACAGAGCGAUAGUUCUUGUCUUUUGCUUAGUCUACAUACAGCUGUAAUUGGGAUGUGUCACAUACAUUAUAUAGGCAAAAUUAUGUGGGUUUUAUCUGUUCUAGUAAUGAUUAUAAAGACAAAUCUCAGUGCUUCACCAUAGAGUUACAUUCUCGAGAAAUGUGUGUCAGACGUUGAGGUCGGUUGUAGCACUGUCAUGAUGAAGUAGAAAACGACCUUCCACAAACUCUGAACCACACAUUUCUAUAGACUGUAUGGUGAAGCAUUGAGAUUUGUCCUCACAGAAAUGACUGAAAUAAUUACACUCAUUAAUCAGAAUGGAAUGUCUACACUCGUUUGGCCAUGCGGAAUAUAUACGAUUCAGUUCCAAUAAUUUCUUGGUAAAAAAUGCAUACUUAAUUAUAGGUUCAGGUUUCUAGACCAUUCGUCUGGAUGCUCAGAUUAAAGAUCUUCCCUGUUGCUGUUGUUAAUUGUCUGAUUGCUGGUCAAGGAACAGCUUUUGUCAUUCCUCUCCAAGCUUUAGCUGUAAAUCAUUAGCAGUGACACAACAUCCCAACUGUCUGUGCACUGUCUUGGUGAAGGUUCAGUACUGAAGGGAUGGCCAUAUAUUCUGUUGUGUUUAAUCAAUGUCAUGUUGAAACAACAUGAGUACUGUCAACCUUGAUUUUCUUCCUUUGUUACAAGUAACAAGAAUGUUUGUAAUGUGUGAAUAAACCCCAGCGAUGUUAAAC